CCUUCCGAUAGCCCGGAGUUGCCAUGGGAGUUAGUCCUUGAACGAGUUGGAGCUUGGGGCCCUCACCUGUAGGAGCCGCAAGGAUUACUGGGACUUGUAGUUCUUGCUUCUGGUGUCUUGGACGAGGGCGCCUCUUUCUCUUCGACUUCAGUCGGCAAGACGGCGGAACAUGGCUGGACGCUGGUUUCUGGCGGCCACGCGGACCCUGCAGCGAUUUGCGGGCCCAGGCGCCACGGGCCGGGACAGAGGCUGGACACUUGCCUUCAGCAUGGCUGCCCAGAGUAGUGAGGGAGAGGCAUAUGGCUCUACUGACCCUUCUGGUGAGUCAGGCCCCUUAUCAGCUGAAGAAGCCCUGGAACACAAAGCACUUCGACUGCAGGAGGAAGUCCGGGAUUUAACUGAAAGAUACCAGAAAGCUCUGGCUGAUUCUGAACAUGUACGGAGGCGUACACAGAAAUUUGUGGAAGAUGCCAAGAUAUUUGGGAUCCAGAGUUUCUGCAAAGACUUGGUGGAGAUUGCAGAUAUCUUAGAGAAGGCUACCGCUGGGGAAACAGAGGCAGGCGACCAAAAGACAACGCUCAAGAAGGUCUUUGAAGGACUCUCUCUUCUCCAGGCUAAGUUGCAGAAUGUGUUUGCUAAGCAUGGUCUGCAGAAAAUGACCCCUAUCGGUGACAAGUAUGACCCUUAUGACCAUGAGAUUGUUUGUCACAUACCAGCUGAUGGAGUGCAGCCAGGCACAGUGACACUUGUUACCCAAAAUGGCUAUAAACUUCACGGUAGAACCAUCAGACCUGCCCAAGUAGGUGUGGCUGUUGAGACACAGGAAUGAUAGGACCUGGGACCUGGGUAAACUAAUAUUCUUCCUUCUUGCACAGAACAAAGCCCCAUGGGUUUCCUUUAUUUAUUACACAGAUUUGUAUUAUAAUUAGUAUAUUUUACUUGAUCUAUUUUGAAUUUAAUCUAUGUAAUGGAAAAAAUUUUUGAUUUGUAUUGAGAAUCAGAAGACAUGCAUUUCAUUUCAGUUCUGACAUAGAAAAGCUCUGUGACAAUGGUGAGUCAUUACUUCUAAGCUAUAAAAUGAGGGGUUUGCACUAAACAAUUUCUAAGGUACCUUGCAACUUUAAUUCUGUGUUCAUAUGGAUAUAAGUUCAAUAUUAUGACAUUUAGUUGCUUUAAUGUAACCUUCACUUUGACUUCAUCAGAAGCCCUGUCAUUGGCUUUCUUUAAAAUAUAUGUUCGAGAAAGUUUAUUUAUUAAUAAUGGUACACUGAUGUCUCCAUGUGGCAAGACAGAAGAAAAUGUAAUAUGGUGUAUGCUUGUAACUGAAUUUAAUUCUGUGAGGCAUCCCACUCCUACUCUUUCCCACUUCCUUAUAUUCCUUAAUAUCAAUUCAAUAUUACCGUAAUGGGAAGUUACUGGGCCAGGAAUAUGCAGGCAUGUGUUGGUUUUAUAUGAUAUGUGACCUUGCACAAGUUUUCUCUCUGGGCCUCAUCUAUGCUUGUAGUUGCAUAUUGUAUUCUUGGCUCUGCUUAUUUCACCCUGUAUCAGUUCGCAUAGCUCAUUUCAUGCUUCUUUAUUUAUCACAGACAUAAUUUCUUUCAGCACAAUACUAUUCCAUUACAUUCAUGUACCACAGUUUGUUUAGCCAUUCCCCAUUCAUUGGGAAUCUACUUUGUUUCCAUUUCUUUGUUAUUGCAAAAAAUACUGCUAUCCAUAUUUUGGUGUAUAUGAAGACUUUCAAAUUGUUUUCCAAAAAUGAAAUUUUCACAGUUCCAUCAACAAUGUAUCAAUGUGCCUACUAUUCCACAACCCCUCUAAGAUUGACUUUUGCCAUUUUUUGCCAUCUUUGCAAGUUUAAAGGAUAUAAGGUGAAACCUCAGGCCAAUCUUUGUCUUAUAGAAGUAAUUAUCAUGACUAUCUUGGACAAAAUUGCAGAUGUUUUUUAUUUCAGUGGAUGAAUUAUACCGCAGCAGGCAAAUGUUAUGUGAGCAAAUUAUCGGUCCAUAUCACUGUGGGAGCAAGUAUGAAUUCAAUCCGUGAAAGUAGUCUAGCCAUGAUAAAAAAUUGUUAGCAUGACUAAGGAAUGGGAGUCUCAUAGAAUUCAAAAGUUGGAAGGACCUUAGAGGUCAGUUACUCUGACCCCUACUUGAAGCUUGAAUCAUCUGUUGAGUUUCGCAGUGAAGUGGUCAUUCAGUCUCUACUGAAUUCCUUUAGUUACCUGGAACUUAACACCUUGCUCUUAGAACUGUCCUAAAACAGAAUGGACUGCUUCAGGGUAAUAAUUCAGGCCAAGGCUAAGUGACCUUGGAAAUUUUCAAGGAGAGCCUGUAUAAUCACUCUUUGGGAGUAUCAUAAGGAAUAUUGAGGGUUGGGGUAGAUGCUCUUUGUAGCUCCUUCUAAUUUUAAGUCUAUGUGGGCUUUUUUUUUUUUUGAAAUAAGGCUCCUAUUUGAAUUUCUCUUACCACAGGUACCCUUACUACUACAAAUUCAUGAAUUUAGCCUGUUUCUGACCAUUUAUAUAAUUAAUCAUAAUUCUUCUAGGAUAAGCCAGGUCAUAGGACCUAUAUUCAUGAAAGACGUAUCAUAUGAGCCUAAAUGUAGAAAUAUCAUAAUGACCUAAAUAUAGAGUUAUGGGCUUCAUUUCUUCCACUUAAGAUCACUUGCUGUGUAGUGAUGAUCUGCCUGAUUAGGACUUAGAUCUCCCCAAACCUAGCCUGCUUUUGACUAAACAUAAAAUAUGUUGUAGAAUUGGAUCACAGCUUAUUUCUUUUUAAUUAGUUUGUUCUUCCUUAAAGAUAUCAGAUUGGUCACACUAGUAACUCAGACUGUAAGAGAUUUCUCCUUCCUCCCUCUCCCUCUCCUUCUCUCUCUCCUCUCUCUCUUUCUCUCUCCCUCUCCCUCUCCCUCCCUCUCUCUCUCUCUCUCUCUCUCUCUCUCUCUCUCUCUCUCUCUCUCUCUCUCUCUCUCUCUCUCUCUCUCUCCUUUCCCUCUCUCCCUUUCUCCCUCCCAUUUUAGAAUCAGUACUGUGUAUUGGUUCCACGGUAGAAAAAUGGUAAGGGCUGGAAAAUCAUUUAAGUGACUUGCCCAGGAUCACAUGGCUAGGAAGUAUCUAAGACCAGAUUUGAACCUAGGCCCUCCUGUCUCUAGGUCUGACUCUCAAUCUACUGAGCUGGCUAGCUAUCCACUGAAUCUGUUCUCAUAGCCAUCAGUACUGCUUCUUUUUUCUUUCUGUGAUUUCCUAUGCAUAUGACUCUUUGCCAAAGAGACCUUCUCUACUGGAUGGACCAUUUCUACAACCUGUUUAAAAAAGAGUCAUGGGCAUCUAGGAUUUUUAAGGGGCCUUAAAGCACAUCUAGUCCACAUCCCUCAUUUCUAGUUGAGUAAAUUCAGACCAAGAGUGACUUGCUUACAGUUUAAUAGCUGCUGAGUAGUAGAACCAGGACCUGGACUUUGGUCUUCUGACUUUCUGUGGCCAUGGCACCAUUGGUGCCUUUAUUUUUUCUUUAAAUACAGGUUUCAGCAUCUUUUUUUGUGGUGAGGAAAACCCAAAUUUCUAAGAAAGUAUACAGAAAGUAGAAGAGCAUAGUGGUUUAAAAAAAGUCUUGGGAAUUAGCAUAUUUGAGUUCGUCUGGCUUUACCGUUCAUUUUCUGUAUAACCAUUGGUGAGUCAUUCCUAAUUUUGACCUUAAACUUCUCUUCUGUGAAAUAAGGAACCAAACUAAUUAUUUUAAAGUACCCUUCUAGCUUAAAAUGACUAUGAUUUUAAGUUCUCUUUUCUAAAUUAAUUUAGACUCCUAAAUUAGAACUCAGUAAUAUUUCUUCUUUACCAGGUAACAGUCUUUUUUCUCUUUAUGAUUUAGCAACUUGAAGCAAAUGCUUAUAUGCCUUAGGGAACUAGUCAUUUUACAGAGCUGCAGAUGUAGCUUUAGAGAGCUGAGCUGUGUAAUCUUUGCUUAGAUCCAAGAAUUUUUUUUAUAAAAUGUAAUUUCUGUUUCUUGUUUCUGUUUUUAUUUUGGCUCCCUUCCCUCAACCCCUCCCUUGUUUAACUGUGUGGGCCUUUUUAUUUCAAGUGUUUCUUAUAAACAACGUAUUGUAUUUAUAACCCUAUUUUUCUCUCUCUCUCAAACUAUAGGCAGGAAGUUCUGGUUAGUUAUUUAUUAUAUUAUAUAACAUAUAAUAUAACAUAUAUAAAAUAUAAUAAAUAAUUGACUCAUCUGAGAGGAUGGGCUUCCGGUUAAUUAAGGUUCUAUUUUAUAAAGCUUUCAAUGUCAAUAAAAUUGGCCUGUUUCCUUCCCAGAUUUAUGGACCUUCUAGUCCCUGCUUUGAACAGAAACUUAGCAUGAAUCCUUUAGAGACAAGAGCAUUUUAUGAGUGCUCUUAAUGAAUUAUUUUCAUGAUAUUGAUAAACUUCUUGGCCUUAGUGUGAAAAUUGGUAUAAGAACAUAGCAAGUUCUAAAGGGUGCUGUGUGAUGGAACAGUUGAAUUCCAAAGAUCUCUUCCCAUUUGAUGACAUUGACUACCCAAUGACCUCAGUAUGUCACAUAAUUGAACAUAUUUAAAAUAAUCUGUGUUGCCAAAAUUAAGUUUUGUGCUAAAGAAUUUUCUUCCCCAUUGAUAUUGGUGAUCAUCAUCAUGAGAUAACUGAGGCUAAAUCUAAUUGUGAACAUAAAGGCAUUAAAUGUGUUUAGAAUAUCCUGAAUAAAAUCUGCCUUUAAAUAAUAUUGGUGUUUAAUCAAUGCCAGGGGCUUCUUUGAUUUCUAAAAAAUUUUUUUAAAUAAAUUUUAUUUUAUUUUUGUUGA